AUGGUGUCCUUCUCCUGCGAGGGCUGUGGGGAUGUCCUCACCAAGAAGAAACUCGAUCCCCAUCGCAAUCAAUGCUAUGGCGCCUCCUACACCUGCCUGGACUGCAUGGUGCACUUUGACGGCACCAGCUACAGAGCCCAUACCUCGUGUAUCACCGAAGACCAAAAGUACCAGGGCAAGCUCUACCGCGACCCCAAGCAGAACAAGAAGCAGCCCCAGCACCAGAAGAAGGACAGCGUCCAGCAGAACUCGCAAGCCCUCGUCCCGCGCAACGCCUACGUAGAAGAUGCCGCCGAUGCAGACAACGGUGCCGUCGCGAUCGUCGAUGCCCCACCGCGCGCACCCACCCCACCACCCGCGGCGCACUCGCUGGGUUAUAACGAGCAAGCUGCGAUCGAGGGUGUCAAUGUCUUUGACUUCUUGGACGCAUCCGAGACCCCUGCGCCAGCAAGGACACGCCCAGCUGACGAGUCGCGGAUGAUCGAGGAUAGCAUGCCGCCCGCCUACCAAGAAAAGGAACCCAAGAUAACAGUGACGGAUGUCAUGAAGUUCCAGGUCCCAGAAGACGACGAGUUCGCUGAGAGUGGCUUCGCAUAUGGCGACGAGCCUGUGCGACCUAGCAACGAACGCUUUGACUCUUCAUACAACAUCCGUGAGCAAGACCCGCAGUACAGCUACACCACACCCGCCCCCAAAUCCAAGCAUAGCCGAACAAAGUCGCGCGACAAGAAUCUCGACACCACGAUAAGCAAGUCUGAACGCAAGCGCAAGCGCAACUCGCCUGCUGGGCUUGACAUGUCGCUGGUCCGCGCUCAAGAAGAGAGGGACGUCAUGAUGGCAGAGGCACCACCAAUCCUCCACUCCGGCUUGACCGGUGGCCUUAAUCGUCUUCUUCACUCUUCACAGUUUCCCCCCACCCCUGAUCACUCUGGUGAUUGGGUGGAGAACUCGCCCCUGAGCCCCAUGAAGCGAGCGAAGCAAGGGGCUUCGAAGGCAUUUCUCCGUGCGCAGAAAGACUUCGAAGUUCAACAAGAGAAAGAUCGCAAAGCCGAAAUCAAGGAAGAGCGCGCCCGCGAGAAGGAAGAGCGAAAGGAGCGCGAACGUGGCCGUGAACGCGAGCGCAAAGAACGCAAGGAAAUUAAAGCCAGCACCGCCCUCGUCAAGAUCCGACCCAAGAUGAAGCGUCGUGACGAUUCCGAACGCUCCAGCCACAAGCACCGCGAGGGCGAGCGACGUCGUCGCCGUGAGACAGACUCCUCAGGCUCGCCACCUCGCCCACGCAAGACUGUUAAAGCGAUCGAAUACCACCGCUCCGAAUCGCAAUCUUCUGCUGCGGACAAUGACAGGCAGCUGAUCAUCCGUCCGAACGGAGACGUUGUACCUGUCAAGACGGAGCACGAGGCCCGCGCCGAGCUCUUCAUGUCGUUCAUCAACAAGGGGCCUGAGUCGGAGCGCGGCAUGAGCGUCAACAAGACACUGAAACGUUACCACCGCGAGCGUCACGACUACGAUCACCACGUAUCGAAGGUGGAUGAGGAGAAGGAACUGUGGAAGAGUUUGCGUCUGAAGCGGAACGACCGCGGCGAGGUUGUGCUUUUCUUUGCACCGCCGGAUGCAGAGGCCGCAUGA